AUGGAGAGGGCAAAGUGCGUGAGAAAGGGCUGGGUCGCUGGGACAGAACAGGACAGAACGGAUCAACAGGACACAGCGCUGCCGAGGGAGCAACACAACGCUCAGUUUGGCUCAAGUCGUCCAAUCCUGCCCCCGUCUUCAAAAGCCCAGUUUCGUUCUGCGUCCUGUUCGGUCCCUCUUCUCCUCCUACUCCCUCCAAUUAUCGCCAUCCACAUCAACUUCGUCAAAACAAAACCUCACCCAGACAAGAAGAAAAGAACGACUGAAGGCCCUCGCUCGCCAUCUACCGAUUCUUUUCCAUUCUCUUCGACUUUUGUUUCUAGGAACAAGAGCCAGAGAACUUCUUGUCUUCCUUUCGAGUUUCGGAAGGUUGCUCGCGUCCCCGUUCCCUUCAGCAUCUUCCCAUCGACAUAUCGGGAAUCCGAAUCCCAUACCCAGACCGUUACCGAAACAAAAACCCACGAAGAGGUUGAGAUCAAGCCCCAACAGCCCCAAGCCGGACGGGAAGGUCAAUACUCUUCUGUCUCUGUCACCGCCGAACAGGUUCCUCCUCGCGGAGAGCAACGCUUUAGCGAAGAAGAGGUCCGUAUUACGCGUGAAGAAGAACGUUACCGCCGUCCCGGUGUCCAGAAAUUCGAGCACGAAGAAGAGCACUUUACUAUCCGUGAAGACUCGCGACGACCUGAACCUCCCUCUCAAUACCAACCCUCUCAGUACCAACCACCCUCCCAAUACCAAACUUCUCACACUCACGUAGAGGUCGACACCCACCGUCAUCCCUACUACUCCACCCCCAUCGAUCUCGCUGAACGUGAAUACCGCCAGCGUUACCGCCCUGCCCAAGCCUUUUCCACUGAAGACCCUACUUCCCACUCUCACUCUCACUCUCACUACCAAACUCAAGACAACUUCCAGGCCAACAACUACACCGUUGAAGGCCGACCCGCUCCCCAAUUCUACUCCUCCGAGAAGACUGAAAUCAACAACUUCACCGUUGACGGACGCUCAUCUCGCCCUCAGUACAACCAGACCGAGAAGACCGAGUUUAACAACUUCACUGUUGACGGCCGUUCUUCCCGACCUCAAUACACUUCUGAGAAGACUGAAAUCAACAACUUCACUGUUGACGGCCGCUCUUCCCAGCCCCAGUACCGCGAUACCAAGACAACUCAGGUCAACAACUUCACCGUUGACACACCUGUUGCUCGUCCAUCUAACAAGAAGGACGUGAGAUUCACUGAAGAAACCGUCGAAACUACCAAGGUCGACAACACCAAGUCCAAGAUGGGUUACUACGACGACGACGGUCAAUACAACUCUUUCCGCGCCGGUGCUCACAAGCUCGGUGAUCGCAUCGCCCAUGGAGGUCGUCGCGAUAUUGAGAUUGACAUCCACGAGGGUCCCCGUCCCUCUGCUGACUGCCUUCUCAACACCGUCAGCAUCCCCUGCCACCACAUCCGUCUGGGUGACUUCUUGAUGCUCCAGGGCCGUCCCUGCCAGGUCAUCCGCAUCUCCACCUCCUCUGCCACCGGUCAGUACCGCUAUCUUGGUGUCGAUCUCUUCACCAAGCAGCUCCACGAGGAGUCCUCUUUCAUCUCCAACCCUGCCCCUAGCGUUGUCGUUCAGUCCAUGCUCGGCCCUGUCUUCAAGCAGUACCGUGUCCUCGACAUGCAGGAGGGUCAAAUCGUUGCCAUGACCGAGACUGGUGACGUCAAGCAGGGUCUCCCCGUCAUUGACCAGUCCAACCUCUACUCCCGCCUCCACAGCGCUUUCGAGUCUGGCCGUGGCUCCGUCCGUGUCCUCGUCCUCAACGACGGUUCUCGUGAGCUCGCCGUUGACAUGAAGGUCAUCCACGGCUCUCGCCUGUAA